AUGUUCUUCCUUCAUCCCCUUCUCCUCUAUUCACACAGCAUAGGCCACUUAGCGGCAUUGCCCGAAGCGGAUGAGUACGACCCAGACGAGACGGUGUACCUUCGGUCGCCUCCCCCAGAGGGAUUUGUACCCGAGGCUUCGCGCGACACCGCUGUUCACGUCGCUACCGCUGCUGGAAAUCUUGAGGGGUUCAGGGCUAUCAUAAGAAGCUUCGGAAGAAACUGGCGCCCCAACGAGUUGUAUAUUACAUACCUCAGAGCUGUUUUCUUCUUACGCAACAAGGCCAGUAAUACUAUAUUCUACAUUACAGCCAGAGCCGGACGGUUAGAUAUUGUUAUUACUAUCUGGGAUUGUUUCUUCUUCCGCCUCUCGCACUGGGUUAAGCUCUCGGAUAGGUCUAGCUGUGAUUUCAUACUUCCCAGGGAGGAAGACUCCCCCGAGUUUGAAGACGACGUCGAUCCUCUAUAUUUCAAUAUCCUCGCCAUUUGA